UUAAGGACGCUGGAGGCGGGCCCGGCCCAGCUCUAGCGAGGCCCAGUUGCGGGAUGGAGGCCGAGCUGGGGCUGGGCGAGGAGCCGCGCAAGGGGGCAGCCGGGAUGGCCAAGAUGGGUCGACGAGCUCUCCAGGAUUCCUUUCCAGAGGAGAAUCGUCUCAGCAGGAAGAAUUCCUCUGCCACUUCUACUGGAGAGGAUGAAGACACUGAGGAAAAGGGCCCCCCACCUAAACCCCCACGCCGGCAAGGAGGCUGGGCAGAUGAUCCUGUAAUGGCACCUUCCAAAUCAGGACGGAAAACUGCAGAAGAAGUAGAAGAUCAUCGCCUCAGGCAGCAGAGCCUGGAGGGAUCAGACGAUGGAGGAGAUAUUCCUGUGAUCCCGGACUUGGAGGAAGUACAGGAAGAAGAUCUCGCUAUGCAAGUGGCGGCUCCACCCAGUAUCCAGGUGAACAGAGUGCUGACCUUCCGUGACCUGGACAAUGACCUCAUGAAGUAUGCUGCCUUCCAAACCCUGGAUGGAGAGAUUGACCUGAAGCUUCUCACCAAGGUUCUGGCCCCGGAACAGGAAGUACGAGAGGAGGACGUCCUCUGGGACUGGGACCAUCUCUACAUGGAGGUGUCUUCAGAACUCGUGACUGAGUGGGACGUGGGACAGUCUGAGAGAGAUGAGCCCUUGGGUCAGUCCAAGAAUAUCUGAGCUCUGGUCAGCUCACCACACAGGCUCAGACAGCUGCAAAUAGUUAGCACUAGUUGUGUUUUUUUUAAUCAACUCUUGUAUUUGAGAAAAUAUUCCAGAUCUGAAAGUAAAGGAGGUGAGAGCAUGAUAGGAAAGUGGGCUUGACUCCCAGGUAUUUUGUAACAAGAAUAUUUAUUUGUUCUCAAAAUGCCACACUGAAUAAUUUCAAAUACAAAAAAGCAUUUGUUUAAACAA